AUGGCUUCCACCAACACGGCCAUUGUGCCCCCUAAGCGGGCCCCUACUGAUCACCCUCUGAUCGAUUCCGACCCGCACCUGCGCCGUGUAUUCGGAUACGCCCGUCCUUCCGAUUAUGCCGUGGCUGGUGGUAUGGCCACAGCUUCUCCCAUUGCUUUCUGGGUUAUGGAGCGGGUGAGCCCUUCGCAUGUGGGCCGUGGUGGCUUUGCCCCCGUUAUGCGCCUCGCAACCGCCGUUGGUCUCAUUGGCGGUCUUCACAUUCUCUACCAGCGUUCCUGCCGACGUUUCUACGGCUUCACUGAGAACGCUCGUGAAGUAGACAUGGAUAUGCGUGAGAUGGUCAACAAGGUCAAGCAGGGACAACCCCUCUACGGUGUUUCUGGUGUCUCUUCUCAUAUUCAGGGUGUUGCUGCCCGUAACUCUCGUUACUCCGAGCUGUUCAUUCACGUCCUCCCAUGGAUCAACAUUGUCAACCACGAUCAGCACGGUGUUGACACUGCCAAGUACUACCAACAAGCGGAGCGGGAAUUGGAGGCUGAGAAAACCGCAUAG